GAGAAUAAAAAGGUACUCCUAAACUUAAAUCCUAUCUAUUGAAAUGGCUCAUCAAGGGUCACCCUCUCCUUGUUCCCCCCUUCAAGCUACGGAAAUUAGCAAGCCCGAGGUUGCAAAGCCGGAAGUUGCUCGCCCAAUGGCUGAUUAUCACCCAUCAGUGUGGGGGGAUCACUUCCUCAACUACUCUGUGGAUGACAAGAAGGUGUAUGCAUGGACUAAACAGGUUGAAAUUCUCAAGGAAGAAGUGAGCAGGAUGCUGGUAAACGCUAAGGGGUCGGUGCAAGAAAUGGAUCUGAUCGAUGAUAUCCAACGGCUUGCAAUAGCGUAUCACUUUGAAAAGGAGAUCGACGAGGCAUUACACCGUAUGUAUGAUGAAUAUACAAAUGUUCAUUAUGAUGAUUUAUACGAAGUUGCCCUACGAUUCCGACUACUAAGGCAAGGCGGCUACAAUGUGUCUUCCGCAGAUGUUUUCAACAAGUUCAAAGGUGAGGAUGGAAACUUCAAAGCAAUCCUUAGCAGUGAUGUGAAGGGUCUUUUAAGCUUAUAUGAAGCUGCAUACUUAAGAAUACAAGGAGAAGAUAUAUUGGAUGAGGCUAUUGUUUUCACUAGUGGUCUCCUUAAGAGGAUCGUGGCCCACCAUCAUGAUCAUCCUCUUGAUGCAAAGGUACGGAGGGCCUUAGAGCUUCCCUUACACAAGCGCAUUCCAAGGCUGGAGGCAAGGUACUUUAUCUCGCUCUAUCAAGAAGACAAGUCUCACAAUGACGUGUUGCUAGAGCUUGCAAUUUUGGAUUUUAAUCUUCUACAGACAUUGCACCAAAGAGAGUUGAGGGAUCUCUCUAGGUGGUGGAAAGAUCUUGGACUUGCAACCAAAUACCCUUUUGCAAGAGAUAGAUUGGUGGAGGCCUACUAUUGGAUUUUGGGAGUGUACUAUGAACCUCAAUAUAGCCGUGCUAGAGUCAUACUAACAAAAAUAUUCAAAAUUACAUCGAUAAUCGAUGACACCUACGAUGCCUACGCAACAUUGGAUGAAGUUGAAGUAUUCACUGAUGCAAUCUACAGGUGGGAAGUUGAGGCCGCAGAAGGGCUCCCAGAGUACAUGAAGGCUUGCUAUCUUGCGCUACUGAAUACCGUCAAUGAAAUAGAGGGUCAGAUGAUGCCGGAUGAAAAACAUUACCGUACAAACUGGAUAAAAAGUGAAAUGAAGGUGCUGGUCCAGGCCUACUUGGAUGAAGCAAGAUGGAUGAACAGUAAAUACAUGCCUACAUUAAAAGAGCAUCUUGAUGUCUCACUAGUUAGCGCCGGCUACAUAUUUGUCUUUGGCGUUGCUUGUGUUGGCAUGGGAGAAGAGGCCACUAAAAAGGUUUUCGAUUGGAUGACUGCCCAUCCGAAAUUCGUUAUGGAUUUAUCGGUUAUAGCCCGGAUCGGAGAUGACAUUGCAGGCCACGAGUUCGAGCAAGAAAGGGAUCAUGUUGCUUCAACCGUUGAGUGCUACAUGAAGGAGCAUGGCGUAUCAAAGAAAGAAGCAUGUAUCAGUCUUCAAGAAAUGAUUACAAACGUGUGGGAGGACUUGAACGAGGCAUUCCUUAGACCGACAGUUAUCCCGUCGUCACUUCUUCUUCGAGGCCUCAACCUUGCACGUGUGAUGGAAGACCUGUACGUACAUGGAGAUGGAUAUACUCAUUCCAACAAAGAGACUAAAAAGAAUGUCAUGGCACUGCUUGUUGAUCCCAUCCCCAUUCCAAUGUGAAAAUGGGAGUGCCACUGUCAUUCAUUUUCUCAUUGCUUAAAUAAGGCUCUACAAUCACCUAAGCUGUACUCUCACCUGUACCAUGGUGCUGUUUGGUUAACUGAAAAAUAAAGUCUGAAAAUUAAUUUA